AUGAAUAUUGUGGUUGAUGAUGAAGUAAGAUGGAGCAUAGACUUCCUCUAUAUGACUGGAGACUUAAUAGCGCACAACAUUUGGGAAACAACUAGGGAAGAAAAUAUCAAACAGAUACGAGACCAAGCUGCUUUAUUUUAUGAGGUUUUAGGAAAAAACAUAAAGAUAUUUCCAGUGCUGGGAAACCAUGAACCACAUCCAGCCAAUAUUUUAGCACCCCCAAAAAUAGAGAAUUACUCAGGAGAGUGGUUGUAUGAAGCAUUUUUUGACUCCUGGUGUAAACAUUUUCCAUCUGAGGCAAAGUCAACUUUUAUGAAAGGAGGGUACUAUACAGUAACGCCAACUCCUGGAUUUAGAAUUAUUGGACUCAAUUCUUUAUUUGGAUAUGUUUUUAACUGGUGGAUGAUCCUGGACCCAAAAGAUCCAGCUGAUCAGCUUCAGUGGCUCAGAGAUACACUAUUAUUGGCAGAAACCAGGAGAGAGAAGGUCCACAUAUUGAUGCACGGCCCUUCCGUGGAAACUGACACCCUCCAAGUUUGGAAUCGUGAAUACAACAGAAUUAUUGAGAGGUUCCAGUCAACAAUAGUAGGACAGUUUCUUGGCCACACCCACAGGGACCAGUUCUACGUGUACUAUUCCCCCAGGACCAACAAACCUGUGUCGGUAGCAUGGAAUGGAGGAAGUGUCACUCCAUUCACAAACGUCAAUCCUAACUAUCGAAUCUACACUAUCCACAAGCAAACAUUGGUAAAUCAACGCUUUAUUUUCAAUGCUGUUAUUGAAACAUUUUGA